AUGGAGCCGGGCGGCCGGCUGUGGGUGGAGGCCUGGGGCGCGGAGCCGGCGCACUUGGCCCUGUGCGGCGGGGAGCGUCUGCGGGCGGAGCUGAGCGUGGUGGGGCGGGUGCGGGGGCUGCUGACCUACCGGGGGCCGGGCCCGGGGCCCGAGGCCCGGGGCUUCCUCCUCCACGCCCGGGGGGCCGAGGCCUGGCCGGGGCUGCGGGUCGGCGGGGCCGCCCCGCCCCUGCUGGGCGUCUUCGAGGAGGACGGGGCGGGCCGGCUGUGGCACCGCGACCGGGGGGCCGGGGGGGCCCGCAGCCGGGUGGUCCCCGCCCCGGCCCCCGCCCCGGCCCCCGCCCGCCCGGUCCUGCUGGGAGCCGCCGUCUUCCCCGGCCGCCGGGCCGCCCGCCGCGUCCUCCGCCAGUGCCUGCCGUUAAUCCCGGAAGCCCAGGCUGUCCUGGACCUGGUGGACCGUUGGCCAGAGGCUGGCCAGAAGGGCCCUUUUCCUGUCAUAGUUAUCGAAGGACUGGAUGCCACAGGCAAAACAACAGUCACUCGGUCCGUUUCGGAGUCACUGAACGCCGUUCUCUUGAAGUCACCGCCGCCUUGUAUGGACGAGUGGAGGAAAGUCUUCGACAAGGAACCGACGAUCAUCAAAAGAGCAUUUUACUCUCUGGGCAAUUAUAUCGUGGCUUCCGAAAUAGCUAGAGCUUCCACCCAAUCUCCUGUGAUUAUAGACAGGUACUGGCAUAGCACGGCCGCGUUUGCCAUAGCCACCGAGGUCAGCGGAGGACUCCAGAACCUGCCCCCUGCUCACCAUGGCGUGUACCAGUGGCCGCGGGACUUGCUCAAGCCCGAUCUCGUGCUCUUGCUUACGUUGUCUUCCGAGGAGAGGGUUCGGCGGAUCCAGAGGCGAGGCGUAGAAAAGACGGAGGAAGAAAUGGAGCUGGAGGCCAACGACUUGUUCCGCCAAAAGGUGGAAAUGUCUUACCAGAGGAUGGAAAACCCUGGAUGCCAGAUAGUUGAUGCCAGCCACUCCAGGGAAAAGGUUCUGGAAAACGUUUUACACUUAAUUAAGGGCCACUGUGAUUCGAGGUAGUGUUCUUGGCAUGUCCCCAGUUGGAAUGGAUUUACUUCGUGCUGAUAAUUAGUCUGGCCAGACUGCUUUUCUAUGUUGGUUUGUUGGGCAUUAAUUGCAGCAGAAAACUGAAUAAAAGAGAGGACUUUUCUCAAUCAU